CUUCUCCGACAAUAUGGCUGCCGUGCACUUUUCACCAAUACCUCCAUAACGAAGCCAAGUAAGGCCAUAAGGCUUGGUAUUGAGACAGAAAGGCCAGCGUAAGCUGGAGGCGCUCAAUUCAGGUGGCAGCACCACACAUGACACCGAUGUUGACAUUGUGGCAUAUGUGUUAGGCAAGAGAUUUGUCAGAGAAGAUCUCUCGGGGAGCGUUUUACCCAAGACUCCGAUGUGCAAUGAAAUGCUUUGGCUCACCGGUGUGUCCCGGAUUACUUUUUUCGAUCCACCGCUACUCUUAUCUGCAGCAGUUAUGUGUGCUUCAAGGCCUGAUUGUAAUUUGGGUCAGUCCGUACUUUACCGUCAGCCUGCCGAUGCCUGGUCUUCAAUUGGAGUGUCUGUCAACUUGCCUACGCGUUUUUUGUUUUGAUCCCAUUUUCCCAUUCGAGCGGCUCUACAGUUGUCCGUAACGGAAUCUCCGCGCCCCAGAAAAAUUAUCCACGGGAACAAAAAAAACGCGCAUACGUUCAAAAAUCAUAGAACGUAAUAGAAUAGAAAGGGGGGCAAAAGCUAGAAAGAAUGCAGAUAAAUGUUCGGACUCUAAGCUCUGCGGAUACCUUAGGUAUGGGUAUAGUGUUGCGCGGGAUCGUCUGCUGUAGUUUUCUUUUUCUCGGGCGAGAGAUAGAUCAAUCCAUCUUAGCUUCUAUGGAGUCCGGGAAUUAUCGUUAGUUGGGAGGAUAUACCCGGCUAGCAGUAGGACAAUAACGGUAAAUGGGAAAAAUGAAAAUCGAUGUU